AUGGUGGGCCCCAACCCCCUGAGGGACGUGAAGCGCACUAUCGGUCACAAAGAUGGGAGGCCGAGAAGUCCAGACGCGUACACAACUUCAGCCCCUGAAGCGUCUGAAGCGUUGGAUAAUUUCGGAGUCAUCUCCUUUAGCCAAAAAGACCUUGAAGGAAUUCAAUUCCCUCACAAUGAUGCAUUGGUCGUAACGCUACGUGUUGCCAAUUCAAGAGUGAAAAGAGUAAUGAUAGAUGGGGGAAGCAGCACUGACGUUCUAUUUUGGAGCACAUUUAGAAGAAUGAAAUUAGACGAGAAAGAGAUAAGGCCAAACCCAACUCCUAUCUAUGCAUUUGAAGGAACGAAGGCCCAGCCCAUUGGAGACGUGACCCUUCCUGUCACGGCAGCAGCAAUUAGCGGAGGACCCACCAUAACAGGAUCAGGAAACGGCGAUCAAGAACCCCCAACUAUAGAACCAUUGAGGGAAGAGGUUUUAGAUCCAACCGAUCCUGAGAAACGAAUAUGGGUGGGCUCCCUCCUAUCUGAUGCGGAAGUCGAAGAGUUGAUGAAAUUUCUAAGGAACAACGCUAAUGUUUUUGCAUGGUCUCAUAGGGACAUGCCAGGAAUUGAUCCGGAAGUGGCAUGCCAUCAGUUGAAUGUUGAUCCGAGUUGUCCUCCACACAGACAAAAGCAUAGGAGAUUUGCGCCAGAACUAAAUCAGAUUAUCAGUGCAGAAGUCGAUAGGCUCCUCGAAGUUGGGUUCAUUCGUGAUGUCUGGUGCCCAACUUGGGUUUCGAAUGUCGUGGUGGUGGGCAAGAAAGAAAAAGGAAAAUGGCGCGUGUGUGUGGAUUAUACCAACCUGAACAGAGCGUGUCGGAAAGAUUAUUUUCCAAUUCCAAAGAUUGACCAGACGGUGGAUGCUACGGCUGGGUACGCACUAUUGUCUUUCUUAGAUGCUUAUUCUGGUUAUAACCAAAUUCAUAUGGCUGUUGAAGAUCAAGAGAAGACUGCUUUUAUCACUAAGCGUGGAUUGUAUUGUUACACCGUUAUGCCUUUCGGACUUAAGAAUGCCGGCUCGACUUAUCAAAGGUUAGUGAACAAGAUGUUUAAAAAUCAAAUCGGAAAUACAAUGGAGGUUUACAUUGAUGAUAUGGUCGUCAAAAGCCGAGAAAGGUGCCAACACAUUGAUCAUUUACGCAACACCUUUGACAUAUUGAGAAGAUAUAACAUGCAGCUAAACCCGGCAAAAUGCGCAUUCGGUGUAUCAUCUGGGCAGUUCUUAGGGCACAUAGUGAACAAGCGAGGUAUUGAACCGAACCCAGCGAAAGUUGAAGCUUUGUGUAACAUGCCAGAUCCGGUAACAUCCAGAGACAUUCAAGUGUUAACCGGGCGAAUCGCUGCCCUCAGUCGUUUCAUCUCACGAUCAUCCGCUCGAUGCAAACCUUUUUUUCAAGCCAUACGAAACCGGAAAGGCGAUGUGUGGGGGCAUGAGCAAAGGGAAGCUUUCGAACAAGGGGAGUUGUUAUACAUGUACCUAGCUGUAAGCGAAGGGGCAGUAAGCGCUGCGUUAUUCAGAGAAGAAGGCUCGGUUCAACAACCCAUAUUUUACGUGGGCAAAAGUUUAAUCGAUGCAGAAAAGAGGUAUUCACCCAUUGAGAAGAUGGUGUUGGCCUUAGUAACCGCAAAGAAGAAGCUCCGUCAGUACUUUGAGGCACACACCAUUGUGGUAUUAACUAAUCAACCGAUGAGGGCUAUCUUAUCUAAACCAGACUUAUCAGGAAGGAUUACGAAGUGGGCCAUCGAACUUAGUUCAUUUGACAUAAAGUAUCAGCCUCGAAGCGCAGCCAAAGGACAGGUAAUUGCUGACUUUCUUGUAGAGUGUUAUCCUCGUGAAAGUUUGCAGGGUGAAUGCGAAGAAAUUGCAAAAGCCGACCCUAAUGAGAUCAAAUGGGAGCUUUAUGUGGAUGGGUCAUCCAAUCAAGCAGGAGCUGGGGCAGGGAUCAUUUUAAUUUCUCCUGAAGGCAUAGACUUAGAGUGUUCGGUUCGGUUGGAUUUUCUUGCAUUAAACAACGUGGCGGAAUACGAAGCAUUGGUACUAGGCCUUGAACUUGCAAAACAAUUGAAGAUAAGCCGUCUUACCGUGCAUAGUGAUUCACAACUCAUCGUCGGCCAAGCAACUGAAGAAUAUAUGACUAAAAAUGCAAGGAUAGAGGCAUAUCGGCAACUGGUUAAAGGGCUGAUGAAUGGAUUCAAGUAUUUCGAGUUGAAGCAAAUACCUAGAGAAAUGAACAGAAGAGCGGAUCAGCUAGCGUGCGCGGCGUCAACCGCACAAGGGAACCUGCGGGUAGCCGAAGUAGAAUAUAUCCACUCCCCGAGUAUCGGAGCAGUACAAUCGGACGUGAUGCAAAUUGGCGGGCAAAGGUUGGGAUUUGACAACCCGUUGCCAGAGCAAGCUCAAGCUGAGGAUAAUGACUGUUGGAUGACGCCAAUCGUAAACUACCUGACAAAAGGGAUCCAGCCGGAAGAUCUUGUGGAAGCGAGAAAACUCCGAAUGAAAGCAGUAAGAUAUGCAAUCCUUAGUGACACGCUCUAUAGGAGGUCAUUCUCAGGACCUUACCUCAGGUGCUUAAAUCCAAGGCAGUCCGAAUGGGUUCUGAGAGAAUUACAUGAAGGAAUGUGUGGGAAUCACUCAGGAGGAAGAAGCUUAGCACAUCGAGCAUUAACUCAAGGUUAUUUUUGGCCAUACAUGGCUCGAGACGCGGAGCAGUAUGGCGCCGGAAGUAACAAGUUCGUCCUUCUUGCCACAGACUACUUCACUAAGUGGGUAGAAGCAGAAUCAUAUGUUUCUGUCACACAAGAUGACGUUGUAAGAUUCGUAUGGCGGAAUAUUAUAUGCCGGUUUGGCAUACCAAGGGCGAUUGUGAUGGAUAAUGGAACGCAGUUCGACAAUCGAAGGUUUAGAAGCUAUUGCACCGAGAAAGGGAUCAAAUUACAAUUCUCUUCCAGGAGUUAUCCCCAAGGCAAUGGCCAAGCAGAGAAGACGAAUCGAACGAUAUUUGAUUGCUUAAAGAAAAAGUUGGAACAACGUAAAGGAAAGUGGCAUAAGGAACUCCCUAAUGUACUAUGGGCUUAUCACACCACAAAACGGAAGCCAACGGGUGAAAGCCCAUUUUCUCUCGCUUAUGGUACUGAAGCGGUUAUCCCCACAGAGGUCGGUCUACCUACGGUCAGAACAUUAGUUAUGGAAAAUGUCGAGAACGAUCAGCAACUAGCCCAUAACCUCGACUUAGUCGAGGAACAAAGAGAGAUCGCCGCACUACGACUUGGGAACUACCAGAACCAAGUUGCCGCUUACUUCAACAAAUGGGUUAAGUCGAAAAGAUUCAGGGUAGGAGAAUGGGUGUUGAGAAAGGUCAUGGAAAACACAAAAGAUUUGAAUGCAGGGAAGCUUGGACGCAUGGGAAAGACCGUAUGA